ACCUCCUGCUCGUCUAGUGAUUAUCGCUGAGGAAAGCACGGACCGGAUAUUGAACACAGCUUCUCGAGGUUUCAGGAAUGGACAAAGCAACUCCAGUAGAGAUUGGGGUAGAUCUCGAGCCUGGCCUAGGAGAAGUUUGGAAUCCUCUGAUGUAGUAAAGUGUUGACUAUCGCACCCUACCUGUGAUAGCAGAUGCUAAGAAGUAUUCGUUGUGACCAGAAGAGAAUGUUCGAAUUGCAACCACCGCCACAUUCCCAAAGGGUGCGAUGGAAUGUACUAGUGUCUUUCAGUCCUUUGUCUCUUGUACCACUGGACAAAGAGUCUGCGUUUCCUUGUCAGACAAAAAACCACCCCACUCCAUCAUCGCCCACUCCAUCGCCCUCGCCCUCGCCCUCGCCCUCGCCCACCAUGUCAGAUACACGGUACAACAGAACAUCCUUCAUCCAUCCAUCCACGCGCUCAAUUAUACUUUUACACAACCAUGUCCGCGUCCGCGUCCGUCCCGCCGCCCAUGCAACACGACGAGUACAUCGAGUAUCAUCAUCAUCAUCAUCAUCGCCCCCCGCCCCCCCCACCGUCAUCAUCAUCAGAUGGCGGCGGCGGCGGCCGUCAUUCACGACGGGUGGUGGUGGUGGUCCCCCCGCCGCCCCCGCCCCCGCCCCCCAGAACCAGGAAGGCACUGAAUUCCUGGAUGGCUUUCAGAGCCUAUUACAGAAGUAUAUUCGCCCCAUUCAAGAUGCAACAAAAGGACGCGUCGCGGCACCUCACCGUCCUGUGGCGGCGCGACCCCUUCAAGGCCAGGUGGGCCGUGAUCGCCGCGGCGUACAGCCGGAUCCGGGACCAGGUUGGGAAGCCGGAUGCGCCGCUGAGUGGGUACCUGGCCAUCGUGUGUCCGAGGAUGGGGAUCGUGGACAGCGAGAGGUAUCUGAGGAGCAGCAACAACAAGCUGAACUACUGGGCGGCGGCGGGGGCGGCGGCGUCGGCGUGUCGUCGUCAAGUGAUGAAGAAGAAGGACGACGAUGACGGUCUUGUUGUCUGGCAACAACAACAACAACACCAAGAAUUGGACCCCGCCAGGUGGUUCACGGCAACCUUCGACCACCACCACCACCACCACGACACACUCUACUCCUCCAUGUUGACAUCGAUCGACGAUAUCGUCGAGUUUUGCGCAAGCUUGGGAUACAUCUCUCGAACGUCUUUCGUGGCUCUCCAAAGGGCGCAUCAUCUGGCGAACGGUAGUAGUAGUAACAAUCGAUCAUCAUCGCCGAAUCCAUCAUCGUCGAAUGCCAGACAGGGCCUCCUUGUUUCUGGCCCACCAACAACAACAACAACGCUGGCGGCGGUACCACCAAACUCUGCUGCACCACCCUCGACGCUCGGUAUCGCUCCUGCUGCUAUCGUGAUGCACCCAGCAGUUUCCGGUAGCUUCCUGGGGGUCAAUUCGAUCCCGAUCUCUCAAAACCUCCCUCUGCAGCAGCCGUGGACGGGGAACAUGUCGGAAGUCUACUUCCCGGCAGUAGGCAGUGCUGAUUUCGAGCGAGCGGGCUUAUCCAGUGCACCCCAAAGGCUGGGUGAGGACUGA